GCCUUGUAAAAGAGCACAUCACUGUUUUAUGAUUCUGUCUAUGUUCGUUAAAACCUCUAAAUCUAGCGUGAUGAAUAAUGAUUAGCAAACCUCUCAUUAGGAAAAUAGAAACUAUGUACAAUAGAAAGAGACCAUUCUCCUUCGGUUAAACACGGAUUGCGGGUUAAGAUCAAAAUCUUGACAAAAUAUUGUUUAUUCGAAUAUCUCAUUGUAGUCAUUGGGGAUUCUGUGAAAUAUAAAGUUCAAUAGAGGUAAAUUUAAACUUCACGACGGAGAUGGUUAUUCGUUAUGGCAUUUAAAGUUUAUGGAGAAAUAAUUAUUAAUGAAGUUUGAUGAAAUGAAAAAAUGGCAACGUUGUUAAAUGACGAUGAAAAACGAUGGUGUGUUUAUGGAAUCAUACUUAAUCAUGUUUUGAUCCCAGCUGUUCGACCUUACCUGGAAAAUAAUAUUUUAAACGAGUAUGAUGGACUAAAGCAAUCUCAUAAUAUUCAUGUUCAAAAGAUUCACAACUUUCCUUCACCAAAAUAUUCCCACGAUCUACAUUAUAAAAAUAUCAACAAUAAUGAAACAAAGGAUAAGAAGAAAUUUAACUAUGAAGUUAAGUCACAUGUCGACUUUGGAAAACUUUUCCUUCAAAACCACAUGGCAAAGUUUAACUUUUACAACAGUUGUGACGCAUCAGCAGUGCUUAAUUUACUAGAAAGGAUCCCAAUUUUUUCCAACCUGGUCCAGAAUGCUGCAAAAAUCGUUAGAGAAAAUAGAAUUUUUUGGAGUCACUGCAAUUUUAAGGAAUGGAACAAAACAGAUUUUCAAAAGAAAAUCGACAAUAUGAAGAAACUUAUGAAGAAAUUGAGUUUAGAAACUGAAGAAAAAUUCAUGGAUGGUAUAUAUAAUUGGAAAGAUCGAGCUUUGACAUUGAGGACAAACGACCAUGCUUCACGCGAAGAAUUAAAAGAACACAUUAACAGUCUUUUAAAUAAAAUAACUAAGAUUAAAAGAAGUGUAGAUGAAGUUGAAGAUAAACUGAAAGAAAUAAACGAAAAAGUUGAUGAACUUGAAGAUAAACAAAAAGAAAUAAACGAAAAAGUUGAUGAACUUGAAGAUAAACAAAAAGAAAUAAACGAAAAAGUUGAUGAACUUGAAGAUAAACAAAAAGAAAUAAACGAAAAAGUUGAUGAACUUGAAGAUAAACAAAAAGAAAUAAACGAAAAAGUUGAUGAACUUGAAGAUAAACAAAAAGAAACAAACGAAAAAGUUGAUGAACUUCAAAAUAAACAAAAAGAAACAAACGAAAAAGUUGAUGAAAAUGAAAAAAAACAAAACGAACCAAACGACAUAUUUCAGCAUUAUUUACACUUAACGAUUGAACAGCUACAACUAAUGAUAAAACUUAAAAGUUUCGCUGCAACAAACCAGCCUCUAAAUGAACAAAAUGACAUACAAUACAAAUUAAUUCAAGAACUAUUGAAGCAACUUCAAGGAUCGACUGCAAUAAACCAGCUUCACCCAAGAACAAAACAUGAAUCGCAGUUACAAGAGUGGAAAUACUUGGGUGAAUCAACAAAACAUAAAAACCUUUUGUUAAAAUUGUGUGUUCACAAAGACGAGAUUAAACUUUUGGGCGAUGUACGUGUAAUUUUCUCAAAUGAGUUCUGCAUCGGCGAAGGAAGUAACGGCACUCGUGUUUAUCUUGGACUGAGAAAGGAUGGUUACGGUAAGGCAGUGAAACGAAUAAUUCGGGAUAACUCGAUCACGUAUGCACAUCAAGAAAAGAAAAUUUUAAAUCAAUCCAACGUAAAGAAGUCAAAAUAUAUCGUAAAUUAUUCCUACUUUCCAGAGGAUACAGGAACGGACUUUGUUUACUUAAUAUUAGACUUAUGCGAGGAAUCAUUGCAGAGUUUUGUCAAGUUUACUGAAUCAGAUGAUCUUCAAAAAGUUCUCCCUAAGAUUCUCAGAGAAAUUUUACAAGGAUUAGCUGAUCUUCAUAGCGGCGAAAGUCCUAUACUUCAUAGGGAUUUGAAGCCUUCCAAUAUUCUCCGUGACUCAAACAGCAAUUUUAUGUUAGCUGAUUUUGGCAUUAGUCGAAUAUUGGAGCCUGGCGCCAAAACAUUUACAAGCCUUGCUAACGUGGGAACUGAGUACUGGAUUGCUCCAGAAUCAUAUAAUGAAGACGAAGAGUCAGUUGAUAAAGCACGCUACAAAAAAGAAUCUGAUGUAUAUAAUGCGGGAAUGGUGGCUUAUUAUGUUGCAACAAAAGGGAGACAUCCUUUUGGAACUAGAGGGUUUAGAUUGCGCAAUAUGCUGAUUGGAAACCCUGUUGGCUUGGACGAAAUCAAAGAUGAAGCACUGAAAGAUCUUCUGUCGUGGAUGUUAAAGCGACAACCAGAAGAUAGGCCAUCAGCCUACAAGGCAUUAAAACACCCAUUUCUUAUGUCAGACGACGAGAAAUUUGACUUAUUAUGUAAAGUUGGAAACCUAGAGCCGAUUGACGGAAACGAUCCCAACUCAAAUGCCGUUCAACAAUUGAAUAGCGAUUCCUCAGUUUGGAAAAGUCAAAUGGAUGAUGAUGUGUAUAAUUAUUUUACAACGAACGUUACGAAUGGAAAGAUUCUUCAUUAUGGAUCUUCUUGGACAAAAUGCUUAAGACUUAUUCGAUAUGUUGGCCAACAUUGGUACAAUCUUACAUGGUCAAGACCACAACCAGAACCAUUUUAUAAGAUUGGCGAUCACAAGAACUAUUUUCUCAAAACAUUCCCCAAUCUCCCUGUUCGGGUGCACGCAGCUGUCAGGUCAGAUGAUGAAUUGAAAAACAAUCCAGAACUCAAGAACAUUUUCAACUUUAAUCCUUCAUAGAUGUAAAGUGAAAAACCUUUUUACAACCAACUUGGAUAAUACGUAACCCCAUUAACUGAUAUAACGUAAUUAAUUAAUUUCACCUAAAAUGACAGUGAGAUUUUACAAUCCAAAGUAAAGGAUGAAAAAUCACGUGGUCAGUACUGAUGUACAAAAUUGUUAACUUGCUCAAAUAUUCUUACUUUCGUGAAUAAAGGAAAAUGUGAAAUCUUAAAUUUAAUAAAUUUGAAGGUCAAAGGCUGUAUCGUUAUGAUGUGAAAAGAUUGGUUGGACUUUCUUUUCUUAACGAAAAACCGAUAUGAAUAAAAUCUUGUUUUCAAACUAUUUUUCAAUGUGGAAUCAAAACAUAGAUCGUUUUGAAAGGCAGAGUAUCCAAGAAAAAUUUAUUAAAUGAUUUCUUAAGCAUAUAUCUUUCGAAAGUUUAACAAACAUUAUAACUGAGGUUGUUCAUAUAGCCAGCUUAAUGACUGAGAGAGCAUACUCAUAAAAUUAAAGUUUUUCUGCUGGUUAAAAUGCGCAAAUGUUAGCGGAUGUUGAAUUGUAUAGAUUAUUAGAUAUGUGUCCCCCGUUGAAAAGAUAUCUUCCCUAACUGUUGAUGACUACCGUCAAGGACGACACCUGUCGUUGAUACUUUUUUCUUUUAUUUUUUUGCGCUUUUUAAUUUCAGAAAACUAUAGCAAAAUAAGAACUAGCUUUCAUUCACUUUUUAAGAAUUUAUGGUAAUGCGUAGAAAAUUGUUUUUAGAUGAUUGUUGAGAGUUGAGAACAAGUUUAUUAUUUGUGGUUCUAUUUCAGAAAAGCAUAAUGAAAAAAGUACCUUUUACACUUUUUAACAAUUUAUAGCAAUGUUUAGAAAAUCGUUUUGAGACAAUUAUUGAUGAUAUUGAUGUUAAUGAGUCAUUUCGUUCGGAGAACCCUUGGACAUUAAGUCAAAAAAUAAUCUUAUUCAAAUCAAAUAUCACCCACUACGACUUAACCCACCCGUCGUAUUGAAAAAAGUCAUCUUAACGACAAUCUUUAACAUCAAAUUAAUCAGUGAACAUUGCUAUAAAUGUAAUCAUUUACUUGUUGAUAUAAUUCUAGAUAUUUGUAGUAUAAAUAAACAAUACUAUAAGAACCAUGUUUAUAUGAAAGGUGAGACAGAACUUGACGGAGUCUUUGUCACUUACCAAACAACAGUUGGGAUCCUACCAAAGACGAAAUGUUUUUCGACACGUAAAUCAUUCUUUAUUUCAGACAAAAAAAUAUGAAAACCUGAUAUUACAUGAGACUUGUCUUCAAACAGAAAAUUAUCAAAUAUUGCUACCCUACCCCUACAAAAAUAAAUAAAACGUUUCGUUUAAACAAGCCUCGGGUUUCGUCUCUCCAUUAAUAAACAGACCUUAAUUUAGAAAUUGUAGAUGUCAGUUAAGAUAAAAAUGUUGUUGUAAGUAAAAGUAAUCCAAACAUUAACUGGUCAUAAAUUACAUUAUUUUUAUGAUGUUUGCAUAAAGUUCAUCUAAAUGACUGGAACUUUUAUAGCAACAAGUGUUUAGCCAUGUAAUAAUCUUUUAGCAUUUUGUAGACAAUUUAUUUAGUGGAUUAAGAAGGAUAUUAAAUAAAGUAUCAACCUCAAA